CACGCUGACACAAAGGAAAAGAAGCUUUGAAACCAAAGACCCAGCUCCGGAACCAAAAAUCCAAUUCUGUAGCCGAAACUGUAAUUCUGCCUUGAACUCUCUCUGUUUUCAACCAAAACCCCAGCUUUUCAACCAAAAGUCACAUCUCUGCCUGGCGGAUACCCACCUCAGGUGCAAAGACCCAAGGCUGAUCCUCUAUAGACAUACCAAGGACUCUAUUCCAGGAUCCAUAGCCAGCUCUGCCCUGUGCCACCAGGGAACCUUGCCAAUUGGCUCUCAAUUGUGCCAUCUUCAGGGCUCUGUGCAACGAUAUUGCUACCUCUGACAUGAAAGCUGUCGCUUUCUCUUAGGGAUCCGAACCUACUACUAUCCCCUGCCUGGAACUCCCGAUCCGAGUAUCUCACCUUGUUGGAUCUGUGCCUGAAACAGAAAAGUGCCAUGGCUUUUACGCUGCUACUUGUCUGCCUUGCUGCAACUGUUUGCCUCCCGCUGGUGCAUCCAGCUGGAGUUUUUGAGCUGAAAAUCCACUCAUUUAGCACUCCCCGUCCUGCGUGCAUCGCUGGCCGACCCUGCAGCAUUUUCUUCCGAGUGUGCCUCAAACACGCUCAGCCUGUGGUGUCCCCAGACCCCCCCUGUACCUUUGGAUCGGCUGUGAGUGACAUCCUUCCCUACGAGUCUAAAGCAGUCUCGGACAGCAGCCCAAUUCGUGUCCCCUUCCAUUUCAAGUGGCCGGGUAUUUUCUCCCUCAUUAUUGAAUCCUGGACUACAGUCUCAGCUGAACAGUCCACAGAAAACCCUGACAACCUCCUUAGUCGCUUGGCUACACGUAGGCGUUUGUCUGUUGGGGAGGACUGGUCCCAGGAUAUACACCUUGGACAGCAGAGUGAGUUGCGUUACUCCUACCAUGUUUCUUGUGAUGAGCAUUAUUAUGGGGACAGCUGCUCCGAUUACUGCAGACCGAGGGAUGACAACUUUGGACAUUAUACCUGUGAUGAGCAAGGGAACCGCUUAUGCCUUUCUGGCUGGAAAGGAGAAUAUUGUGCUGAACCUAUCUGCCUUCCUGGUUGCAGUGAGUCCCAUGGUUUCUGUGAGAUACCUGGAGAAUGUAAAUGUCGCAUGGGAUGGCAAGGGCAAUUGUGUGAUGAAUGUGUACGUUAUCCUGGGUGCCAGCAUGGAUCCUGCUCCCAGCCAUGGGAGUGCAUCUGUCAAGAAGGCUGGGGAGGGCUCUUUUGUAACCAGGACUUGAACUACUGUACCAACCACCGACCAUGCCGUAAUGGAGCAAGCUGCAUCAAUACUGGCCAAGGGAGCUACUCUUGCAACUGCCGUGCUGGCUUCACAGGCACCAAUUGUGAAAUAGACAUCAAUGAAUGUGCGAGUAAUCCAUGCAAGAAUGGAGGCAGUUGCAACGACCUGGAAAAUGACUAUGAAUGUGUUUGCCCACGGGGCUUCUAUGGCAAGAACUGUGAUAUCAGCGCUAUGACAUGUGAGGAUGGCCCUUGCUUUAAUGGGGGCACCUGUAUUGAGAAGAGCAGUGGAGUAGGGUACAUCUGCCGCUGCCCCCUCAACUACCAUGGCUCUAACUGUGAAAAGAAGAUUGAUCGCUGUACCAACAGUCCCUGUCUGAAUGGAGGUCAGUGUCUAGACAUGGGCCGAAAUGUAUUGUGCAAGUGCCGUCCUGGAUUUUCUGGUCCUAGAUGUGAGCUAAACAUUGAUGACUGUGCUAGUAACCCAUGUGCAAAUGGAGGUACUUGUGUCGAUGCAGUGAACAGCUAUACAUGCUCCUGCACUCUUGGAUAUGGGGGCAAAGACUGUACCCUACGGGUAGAUGCCUGCAGUUCCCAACCCUGCAGCAAUGGUGGAACCUGCUUCACCCACUUUAGUGGCCAUGUAUGCCAGUGCCCCACAGGCUUCAUGGGAACCAGUUGUGAAUUUAGAGUACAUGAUCCCACCCCAGCUUCCCAUGGUGCUGACUCCUCAAACACUCUUACUAUGGUGGUUUGUCUGGGACUGCUGACAUUCUUUUUGCUGGGCUGUGGAGUAUACUUGGUUAUGAGAGGUAUGAGAAGGGGGCACUUCAAUGAAAAAGGACGAGUCAAAAACAACCUGGAACCAAAGAAUAAUCUGAUAGAAAAGGAACCCCAUUUCAAAAUACCUAAUCCAGACUAUCUAAGAGAAAAAUCAAGUAGCAAACAGAAGCUUCUACAAGGAUCUGAAAGUGAGGAAGAAAGAAGUGGACGCAGAAGUGAUCGAAAGCCAGAAAUCAGACAGUGUAACUCCACUUCAAAGUAUCCAGAGGAUGGCGCUUAUCACCCAAUAUAUAUUCUUCCGGAACCUGAGCAGUGUAUAUUUGCUACUGAGGUCUAAUCAUCCCAUAAAAAGAAGACUUCACACUAUCAUCACUGCAAUGCCAAGAACUGUAAAGCUGAUACUUUCCCCCUUAUUAUUUAAAAUAAUCCUCCUUUUUAUUUAUUGACAUAUGUAUCUUAUAUUUAUAAACACUUUUAGAAAAAUCUAUAUCUAUUGCUGCUGCUAUUUAUGACAAGUAUAUGGGCAGAUAAAAUUAACUCUUUACUAUGUGUACAUUUCCUUAGUAUAUCACACCUGAAUACUCCUACUGCUUUGCUUUUCAUUCUUCUGUACGAAGGAGAAGAGUUCUUAGUAAGAAUGUUAAAUGGCUAAGAGAAGACUAAGUGCCAUAUAAAUAAAAGGCAUAAUUCCAAAGCAAGCAUCUGCGCAAACAGUAAGGGGACUUUGUCCCUUCUGUGAAUUUUAACUAAUGGAGAAAGAACACUUAAGGAUAGAUCUACCAAAGUCUUACCAGUUAAUUCUAAGUGCUCCAAAGGCCUACACAUUGAGGAGGGUUCUGGAGUUUUCUUUUGGUGAUUUCUUUCUUCACUCUUUGAUAAAUAUAACCACUAGCAUUCUGUCUUUAUGAAAAAGUGAUUAUUCCUACAUUACACUUUGAUAUACACGCUGUUGAUGUAAAUAGGAUAUUUAUAUUGUAUUUAUAAAUCUGUAUAUAUGUUAUUGUUUAAAGAGUUUUAUAAAACAUAUAUUUUAAUAAAA